GAAAAUCAUAAAUUUACGUAUUAAUUUGGUCGUCUUAAUGCCAAAUGAAAUGAUCUCCCUCAGCAGACGGCUCACCUAAGCCUUAAACUUAUUUAUCUUUUCAUUUAAUCCUUCUUACCUAUUAAACAUUCAAUUUUCUCACCUCAAUUCUUAGUCUUUAUAAGUAUUCCCAUUCAUUGAUCUUUACAAUUUCAUGUCCAAGUUCAUCGUCUAUGGAGUUUUUCACAUACCCCACUUCUAAAUUUCUAACCAAAUCAUUCUAGUUUCCAUUACAAUCGAAAUUGGGUUGAUUCUCUCAUCUGGGUCUUCUUCAAAACCUUCGAAACCCUUGAAUUCGAGGCAGUUUCUUUACCAUUUUGCAGAAUUUUGAAAUGGGUCCGUCGGAGGAAGAUAUGGUGGUGAAUCAACUGCCGGAGUCUGUGAGGGAGAUUUCAGGACUUCCUGAGUGUAACGGUAUCUGUAAGAAGAUGUAUGGGGACCUGAUUCGAAGAGUCAAACUAUUGAGCCCUCUGUUUGAAGAAUUAAGAGAUGGGGAAGAAGAAGUUGAGCUGGAUGUUCUUAAGGGCUUGGAGUUGCUUAAAAUUGCUUUGGAUUCUGCUAUUGAGCUUCUUAAGUCGGUCAGCCAAGGUAGCAAGCUAUUUCAGGCUUCGCAGUCGGAAAAGAUUGGACUUGAGUUUCAUCAUAUGACAGAAGAUAUUGAAGCAGCACUCAGCAAGCUUCCCAUUGACAAGCUUGGGAUCUCGGACGAGGUUCGAGAACAGACUGAACUUGUUCAUGCGCAAUUCAAACGAGCAAAAGAGCGAGUAAAUUUAGCCGAUACACAAUUAGACAAGGAUUUAGCUAUAUUACAAGAAGAAAAAGAUCCUGACCCUGCAGUAUUGAAGAGACUUUCUGAAAAGUUGCAUCUUCGAACUAUAAACGAGCUGAAGAAAGAGUCACUAGCGAUCCACGAGUUGGUGAUCUCGAGUGAUGGAGACCCUGAGGAUGUUUUUGGUAAAAUGUCGUCCAUUUUAAAGAAGCUGAAGGAUUUUGUACAAUCAGAAAACCCGGAAGUUGAAAUUUCUCAAGACGAAAAAACUACAACCAUUAAACACAGAUCUCCAGUCAUCCCCGACGAUUUCAGAUGCCCCAUAUCUCUUGAAUUGAUGAGGGAUCCAGUUAUCGUUUCCACCGGGCAGACAUAUGAGAGAUCUUGCAUUCAGAAAUGGUUGGAUGCAGGGCACAAGACUUGUCCAAAAUCUCAGCAAGCUUUACUACAUACAGCCUUAACACCAAAUUACGUUUUGAAGAGUCUAAUUGCUUUGUGGUGCGAGAACAAUGGUGUUGAACUGCCAAAGAAGCAAGGUAGCUGUAGAAACAAGAAAGCCGGAAACAAUGUUUCAGACUGUGAUCGGUCAGCCAUCGAUGCGUUACUAGUAAAAUUGGUAAAUGGAUCGCCGGAACAAAAAAGAUCAGCUGCAGGUGAACUCCGGUUACUAGCAAAGAGGAAUUCAGAUAACAGAAUUUGUAUUGCUGAGGCAGGAGCUAUUCCGUUCCUUGUUGAACUAUUAUCGUCAAAUGACACUAGGACCCAGGAGCAUGCAGUUACAGCAUUAUUGAACCUUUCAAUCAACGACGGUAACAAAAGAACCAUUGUCGAUUUACGAGCCAUUCCCGCUGUCGUAGAAGUGUUGAAAAAUGGCAGUAUGGAGGCGAGGGAAAAUGCAGCUGCAACCCUUUUCAGUUUGUCCGUAAUUGACGAGAACAAGGUUGCAAUUGGAGCAGCUGGGGCAAUUCCUGCUCUUAUUACUUUGCUUCGAGAAGGUACACCGAGAGGAAAGAAAGAUGCUGCCACUGCUAUUUUCAAUCUAUCAAUCUAUCAGGGAAACAAAGCUAGAGCAAUAAGAGCAGGAAUUGUGAAUCCACUUAUGGGAUUUCUAAAAGAUGCUGGAGGUGGAAUGGUGGAUGAAGCUCUAGCCAUUCUAGCAAUUCUUGCAACUCACCAUGAAGGGAAAACAGCAAUAGGGGAAGCUGAGCCGAUGGCGAUUCUGUUGGAAUUCAUCAGAACAGGCUCUCCACGAAACCGGGAGAAUGCUGCUGCAGUGCUGUGGUCGCUUUGUAGUACGGAUUUCGAGCAGUUGAAGUUAGCUAGAGAACAUGGAGCAGAAGAGGCAUUAAAGGAAGUAUCUGAGAAUGGCACAGAGAGAGCAAAGAGAAAAGCAGGAAGCAUUUUAGAACUGUUUCAACGUUUUGAUAAACCAUCACCUAAUCUAUAAACAAUUUGGAGGUUUGAUUUUGUUAUAAUUGAGGGGUGAUGGAAAUGAAGUGAAUGCCAUCUUCACCCUUGUAAAUUACAAGGCAUCAAAAGUGAAGGAUGCCAUUAUUUUUAUUUAUUUUUAAAUAUAUAUUACAAUAUAUUGAUUAUUGUGUUUAAGAUGAA